AUGGAAUUUUGGCGGAGAGAAGUCUUAACCCUGCAGUAUCAACCGCAGUUCUACUCCUCUCAGCUGGGCCUGUCCAAAAUGUUCUGGGCUGGAGGAAAUAACCAAAAUAUCCAUGUAACCAAUCAUUCAAAUAUCAUCCAAUUCAUUCAAAUACACACCUUUAUCAUCAAAUCUGUCAAUAUGCCUCGCAACACCCACUGUUCUACUGCCUCACAAGCUUGUAAAAGGACUCCAACUACCCUGCACCUUCAUUUGCCCAAACCGCCUGUUCCGGAUGUUCCGGAUAACGACGAGAAUCCAACUGAUAAUGAGAAGGAGGAUAAGAAGGAGGAGAAGGAGGAGGAGGAGGAGACACAGUCAGAAGAUCCUCAAUUUCUGUGA